AUGAAAAUAACAAUCAAAACGUUGAGGCAGCAGGUGUAUCACAUAGAAUCGAAUGAAAGUGAAACGGUUCGAAAUUUAAAGGAAAAAUUGGAAAUAUUGUCAAAUUAUAUUUUGCCAGCUAAUCGAAUGAAAUUAAUUUAUAGCGGAUUGAUUUUAGAAGACGACAAACUUUUGUCUGAAUACAAUAUAGAUGAAAAAAAAUUUAUGGUUGUAAUGAUUCGUCCUGAAAAUAGUAAUUUUAACAAUAACAUUUCAACUUCAACUUCGCAACAUAAUAACGAAGGAAACUUGACUGAAGUAAUUACGAUUUCAUCGCAACAAUCCAUUAAUUCUAUACAAAGUAACAAUGAACAACAAAUACAACCAAUACUAGAAGAAUCAUCUCAACCAUCAAAUAUACUUGAAUAUACUCAAAGUUUAACAGAUCCAAUUGAAAUUGAAAAUGCUAUUUCUAAUGUAAUGAAUGCUCUUAGAUUUAGUCGAAAUGAAGUUGAACAAGCAUUUAAUAUUAGUUUUAAUAAUCCAUAUCGUGCAGUUGAUUAUUUAUUGCAUGGAAACUCUUGUAUUGAAGUACAAAAUCAAAUUGAAACUAAUUUAUCUCAUAUUGAAAAUAUUAAUGAACAAGUUCAACAAUCAGCAAUAUCAGGAAAUACAAAUUCUCAAUAUCAGGAAUCAAAUCAACAAAAUGCUACAGAACAAAUUCAUAGAUCAUCACCAUUAGAUUUUUUACGUAAUAAUCCACAAUUUCAACAAAUACGUGUAUUGUUACAACAAAAUCCGUCAAUGAUUGAUUUUGUUAUUCAACGAAUUGGUGAAACAAAUGUUGGUCUACUUGAAUUAAUUAGUCAAAAUCAAGAUGAUUUUAUUGAUAUGAUAAAUGAACCAAUACAAUUUCAUAAUAAUUCUACAGUUGUUAACGAAAAUGAUACUGUAAAUGAGAACGGUGUAGUUACAAUCAGUGGAAAUGAUUGGAAUGCAAUUACAGGAUUAAUGGAAUUAGGUUUUUCGGAAAGUGAAUGUGUUGAGGCAUAUUUAGCUUGUGAGAGAAAUGAAGAAAUUGCUGCUAAUUAUUUAUUAAGCAAGGAUGAUAAUUUA